AUGGGAGACUUCCAUCACCACCAGUUCCUGACCUCCAUGGUGGGCGGCCAGCCCAAUCCUAACAUCAUGGCCCAGGAGGUCCACCAGGCCCAUAUGCCGGGUGUAGUGCCUUUACCGUCACCGCCUGUGGCGGCACCUUUCUCCGGAAUCGGAUACUUCACUGCUUUCCACGACCCGCUGAUGUUCAGCGUUCCUAAAACGCAGCGGAGCAGGAGGAAAUCUACAAGCGGACUAGACACCGUGAAGCACCGGCGAACGAGGUCCGGUUGUUUCAUGUGUAGGAGUCGGCGUGUGAAGUGCGACGAAACGCGGCCGAUCUGCGAACGAUGCAAGAAAGGAAACCGAGAAUGUAUUUACCCCGAUCACCCUUCGUCUAAAGCGCCCGGAUCGCAAGCUUCAGCGAAAGAGAGCCCGCCACCCGCGCCGUCUCAGCAAGUGACCAGCCCUGAAUCCUCGAUAGGCGGCGACGAAGCAGACACGGAAGUAAAUGUCAAACUAGAGCCGAUUCCCGACGAGGAGGAGGAGGAGGAGGCGGAGGAUUCGGAACAACCAAACUGGAGAUACACUUCAUCCCAAGGACCUAGCGGAGCAGGGUCACCCAACCUUACAAAAUCCAGCACGCGACACAGCUCCGAGACCCCUUCUCUAGAAGGCAGCAAGAGCUCACCAUCAGGUUCACCAGCGACGUCGAGCACCGUGACGUUGAACGCCUACCAGUCCGAUCCAGCUCUACACGUCACCAAUACACUCGCGAGUUGGUCUCACCUGCCGGCCGACUUCCAAUAUUACUUGAAUAGCUUUUGCGAAAAUAUUACACAUUACCACUACUGCCUUCCAAACGACCCGGACGGAUUCUUCCCAUCUUUGCUAGUCAACGUCGCCCUCCAGAAUGAGGCUCUCCUCAACGCGGUUGUGGGGUUCUCCGCCUACCAUGAAACACUCAAAAAACCCGAUGCCAAGGUCGAAGACUUCUUGAAGUAUUAUAAUAAGAGUGUCACGCUGCUUCUGAAUUCUCUGCAGAGGAAGGAGCCGCAAACAGUGGCAACAAUCGUGACAGUACUGCAGUUAGCUACGAUAGAAGAAUAUCUCGGAGAUUGGAUUAACAUUAUGGGCCAUCAGAAAGCCGCUCUACAGAUCCUCAUGAAUCUAUUUACCCCCGAAACAGUCAUGCUUUCUCCAGUUAGCCGAAUGGUCCUAGCUUGGUAUCAACGCUUCGACGUCUUCGUCGCAGUGAUGGGAGGGUUCAAAACGGCGCUUCCACGAGAGUGGUUCACGGCCUUUGUCGAUUUCUGCCGAGAGAGGAUUGCUACACACCCCCAGGAGGUUGAGUGGAGGCUGGAGGAGGGCACCGCGUUCUUGCGACUUGUCUCGAUGGAGAUGUCUAUGCUUUACGCGAAGGGAUAUCGAGGCGAGAUAUCCCCUGAAGGGUUCAGGGCCGAGCACGAUCGUAUAUCGAGAGUCUUGGAAGACUGGAAGGCGAACAUUGACCCUGCGCUCACGAAUCCAGCGUUCUCCGUGAAAUCGUUCCCUAACCAGUAUCCAUUGGAUCCGGAACGCGACAUAGUCAACCCUUACGUGCCUGGGACUCUGUACGAGCAGCCUCUCGUGUCCACGACUCUGCUUACAUCGGAGUGGCACUCCAUCAGCGUUAUGCACAAGUGCCAGUCCCCGACAACGCAAAGAGAGCAGCUAUACGCGGAACUCCGAGAACAUUCCUAUGCCAUUUGCCAGAUCUUUGAGGCGAUCGAGCGCUGGCCGAAGAGUCCAAAGGGUGUUUUGAUUAUGAUCGAGGCCUGCAUCGCCAUAUCGGCCCUUUUCUUACCGCAAGAUAGGAGGCAUCAUAACUGGAUCCGCCGCAAGUUCGCUCUUAUGGAAAUAUUAGGGUACAUUCAUCCUCUAACCCUGCGUAGCAAGAUGAGCGAGCUUUUCCGCGAGCCAUCCUGCGUUCGGUGGUGGCUACCAAACGACGAAGGUUUCACGCCGAUACUGCAAAGCAUCCGGACAUUUGCCGACGAGCGCAACGCCGUUGCCGUUUCGGCGCAGGUGGAGAAUCUAAGGGAGGUACGACAUGUCUUUGCCAAGAUGCAGCUGUCGGAUGAUACCGGAGGCGAUGAAGCAGCAGCAGCUGCUGCUGCUGCUGGCGGUUCUGGUGGUGGACCGCCGAGACUCCCCGGGAUGGGGAGGUAA